UGCUAAGAAUUGAAGGAGGUGGUGUGUUGAGGAGGUGUAAAUAGAGAAAGCUUAGCAGAGAAACAGAAGCAGUGUUACUGUUUGUGUGUGAUGUGAUUUUUAUUUUAGUUCUUUUUAUUUAGCUUUUAUAUUAUUGUUCAAAAUAUUAUAACGUUAUGGAAGGACAACGGAAUAGUAUAGAUUUAGUAUCGUGCCAGGCGAUUGGCAGCAAUGGAGGAAAAUUCACGGAUAGGAAUCCAGAUAUGAUCACGGCAGGAAAACUGAUUACUAUGCCAGAAAAUACUGCCAGAGACUGUCUCAAUAUACCAAGGGUGCAGACGCCAGACACUGUUAAGAAAUUCCGUAACUUUACCCAUCCAGAACCUCAAGUCCAACGAGUGUUCUAUGGGAAGGCUCAUGAUCCUGAUGUUGCUUCCACUGUUACUCAUGGUGUUCCAACUUGGGGAUCCUUGAAGGCUGGUGACCUCGUGAAUCAAGAUCCAAAGACAUUAUUCAACCAGCGAUAUCUGGACAAAAAGGAGACAUUAUAUGCAAGCAAGCAGAAGGCCCCUCUAGGCAAGUCACAUGACCAACGACCUGGAUUACCUGAUCGAGUUGAUAUAUACGGAACAUCUUUUGGAUUGAAGAACGUCUUUGAUGGCACGGCUGGCGAAUUGGUUAGCCCAGACAAAUCUUAUGAACAGGUCGAACUCGAAUCUAUGCAAGGAAAGGAAUUGUAUAAAUGGACACACCAUAAUUUUGAAGUCGGAGAAUCUGUAGAUCGUAAUUACGAUUGGUCACGUUAUCCGAAGAACAGCACUUUUGGAAUUCCAACACCUCAUGAAAACGAUGGCAAGCAUGUGUAUAAAUCAUUGAAAUGGCUGAGGAAUGACCAGUUGGACAAAGGUACAAAGGUAGUUUCCAAAAGAGUGAAUGAUUUCCGUGAGCGAACACAACCGCAACUUGGUAAAGUACAUGAUCCAAUCAAGGACACAAUGAGAGUGCCGGACGAUCACACCUUCGGGAUUUUAAUCCGUCCCGAUGAGUAUGGAGCAGGAGAUCUGAUGCAUUGCCGUGUUCCUGGUACUUACCUACGAGGUAAAGAACGGCAGCGUGGACUCCUUGCAGCUGUACGACAACAACUUAAAAAGGCGAAUUAUCAUAAUUUUAAUGAUCUGAGUGCAGCAUUCCGGCAUUACGAUAAGAAUGGUGAUGGUAGAAUUGAUAUCAACGAGCUUCAGGAGUGCUGUGUGCAGUUCAACUUGCCUGUAGACCCAGAGCUACUCAUCCAGCUUACCUCCUACUGUGACGCUAAUAGAGAUGGUAGCAUAGAUUACACCGAGUUUGCAAACUUCCUGAACUGGCAAGAGAAAAUGACCAGUGAGGAGAAACUAUUGGCACCAGGCACGGCUCAAACUCACUCGCCGGAAGUGAUCAGUAAACAGAUUGACAAAUCUAUUGGAGAACAUAGGACCUCUAAUUCCAUGAUAAAUGCAGUUGUCGGUGGCGUCUGUACACAAGGCUACAGAACUUAUGGGGUUCCAACGAUACGCAGCGAUAGGGCAGCGCCAAUUGUUCGUAGAAUCAGUGAUCGAACCAAUUACGGCGAUGAAUCAAAUGCAUACGGCUUAGUGAACCCAUCAAUCUACAGUAACAGAGGUGUUUAUGAGAAAGACUUUUUUAAAGCAAGAGAAGCUGAAGAGGCAUUUUGGCUGGUAAAGAAUAUAUUUGGCAACAUAGGAGUGCAGAUGGACAGCGAGACUUUUCAGAAGCUCUGGACAAUGGCGGCAUCACGUAGCCAAGAUGGAACCGUAAGCGUUGAGAGCUUCCGCAGUGUGUUAGAUGACACAAGUGUUCCUCAGAAACUUACCGUGCAAUAAGAAUAUAUGUUGCACUUUGUUGCCUUAGGAGACAUCAUCAAUGAUGUUGUCUAUUAUUACAUGCGAUACUUUUGUCUGAAUUUUAAUUACUCAGUAUUACACUGGAUUAUCCUUCCUGUUUGUACAACGAGAAUGUACAAAGAACAGUGUUGAUAGUGUUAACAAUUUUUAUGAUUUAAAUAAUUUAUAUGAUGGUAUUCAAAUAGCAAAUUAAAAUGGUUAUUAAAUUCACCAGAAAAGCCAUAAAGUAACAAACUUUGAAACUUUCUGAUAAAAAAAUUAUUUUAAAGUGCAUUUUAUUUAUUAUAUUUGACUUUGUUUUUUUUUAUUUAUGUAGUGGAUAUGAAAUGCAAUGCGGUAUGCAUCCUCCUCCACUCUCUUGGUAGACUUGCUACAACAAGUCCAUAUUAUAAAUUUUUUUGCCUUUUAUGCUGGUAAUUAUGACCUCCAAUUUCAUUCCAAAUUAUUCACUUCCGACCAGGUAUACACUUAUAAAUUGGACGAAUAGAGGCAAACAUAGAUGAAGUGUCUUGCCUAAAGACACAAAAUUAUAUUUAUGACCAACAAUGACCUGUAAUUAGAAGCCCAAUGCCAUACACACUGUGCCCAGUGGUGGAUCCAGGGAUUCGAAAUAGAAGGGGAAUUUUACAAAUGGAGGGUCUACACCACUUCACCAGCACCAUGCUUGAGGGUGAGGUAAGAAAAUUUAUGAUUAUGGCACCACCAGAUGGCCGGAAAUGGCACUCUCAGACUUAAAUUUGGAUAUAAUUUCUUUUUUUGUCCAUUUUUUUACAAUUUAGAAAAAUGUAGGUGGGACUUAGGCCAGCUGAGUCCGCUCCCACCCUCUUGAAUCCAGCACUGGUGCUACAUGCUAUAUUUUUUGUUAAGUAUUAAUUCUUAAAAUAAUGUUUAUAUAAGGUACUGAUAAUUUCAAGAAACCAAAGUAAUUUGAUGUCUGUCUGUCUUGUUUAAAUAAUCAAGUGUACUUCAAACUACAUAAGGUUGGUUAGCACUAGAGCAAGUUAGACUUGUUUGCACAACGCUGUAGAGUUGGUGUAACAUGUCUAAAUUGCUCAAGUCUAAUCCAAGCUUUAGGCAGUAUACGUUAAUAGAAGAUUGUGAGUAUGACAGCGAAUGCAAUGUUACGAGCCAAAAUAUAAUUUGUGUUGCCAAGGUCCGACCAACCCAAAAGUUUAAAAAUCUGCGCGGCAGCAGUAUAUCUUUAUGAUAAAGGCACUGCUCGGGUUCGUUUGUUUUACUGUAGUUUCUCCACUUCAUCAAACGUCAAAUUUACCCCACUCGCAGGAGAGUGGCCGUUCUAUCAAUUUUAAUGCAAAUGAGCAAAGAGCUAAUUCUUCUGUUAUUUACGUUUUUUGGUGAUAGUUUUCAAUAAACUCUAGAAUAAAGUGAUAAAAUUUUAAUAUAACCUGAAUGCCCGACCCUGAAAAAACUCUCACUGUACUUGGAAGUUAUCAGAUUUUGUUGGCCUUAUGAUGAAUGUCUGUUUUGUUUUGUCCUUGUUAAGUUUCGUUACAUAGAAUGUGAUAGAAUUUUAGUGACUACUGUUUAUGAAUUUUCCAAUGGUGCUAUUUGUACAACUGAUACUGGAUCUUAUAUGAUUACCAGUCAGUUUUAAGUCAUCACUCAACAAACCUUGAAUUGUAUAUAUUAAUGCUGUAAAUACAUUGAAUGUUAUACUGUACUAUCAAUUGUCAUAUUAUGUUAUUAUACUGUACUUGUGUUACCUGUAACGCCAAUUUAUUAUGGGUGAAAAAAUAAUUAUAUGUAAUACAGGAGAUUUCCAAAACAAUUGUCAGCAAAUUUGAUAAUUAGUUGUAAAUUAUUUUAUAUCACAUUUUAUUUAUUUUUACAGAUUGUUAGCACAAAUUAAAGUAUUUGCUUCUAUAUUAAUUACAGAGCACAUGACAAUAUUUUUCUGUAUAAAUAUGAAUGCAAGUUAGGCAUAAAUGUUCCUAUCUUUUAGCUUUCCACCCGGCAUGCAAGCUUGAUUUAAAUAUUGCCAAAAGUGACGUUUGCCAUAGUCUGGCUAUUUUUCUUCCCAUCAUACAUUUCAAAUAGUCAAUGAUAUAAUUUUUGUGACUAAUGAGAUAGAUUGUAUAGUUUUUAGAUAAAAUAAACUUUCAAUAAUGUUUUGUUUUAAUUACAGUAGUACAUGUAAAAUAAAUAUAGCACUGAUCACAUGAUUUACACAUUGUUUGUCCUUUUAAUCUAAGUGUAGAGUUUUAAUAUUUACAUGUAGUUACAUGUUACAAUUUUAUUAUGAUUUUUUGAAAAUGAAAACAUCAUUAGAAAGGUCCAUAACCGAGUCUUCACAUUUUAUAGAUUUUUUUUAUACUGUACAUAAUAAAAUAACUUCAGUUAUUAUAAUAUUAAUAAUUACUUAUACAGUACCUUUAUUGAGAGUUGAAGUUUAACUUCAAAAGUUUGUAAAUAAGCAAUUAAGGUGGUUUAUUAUUAAUGAAAAAUAUUGUUCACUUAACUUGUAUGACUUUAUGGUAUUCUAAUAAAAUGGUGAUGCACAAUAA